AUGGACGACGUAUUCAACAUUUUUAAAAAAAAGAAUAAAACCAAUAAACGAGCAUCCACUGGUACAGGGAAGGAAGAAAAUCAAAAUGAAAAAAAAAAAAAACUUUUCAAUUAUAACAGAAAAAAUCCCAGAAGAGCACACAACGAGGAAGACACAUACAAUAAUUACCAACCAAAUAAAAACGCAAGCAAUAAAGAAAAUAAUGCAAAUAAUGCAAAUAAAAAUAUCGAAAAUAUUGUUCUUGUAGACUUCCCCCCUUUGCCAUUCAAAAAUGUAGAAGCUUGCAUUUCUUUCUACUACCUACAAUAUUUAAGAAAUCAGUUGAUAUAUGGAAACAAAAAUAUGAGCAUGGAUGAGGAUGCUAAAAUGAUGGGGGAGUCGUUAUUGGAUAAAAUUGAAAACUCUAUUUAUGAAUACGAACAUAAUAGUACAGAGGAAGAAAAUUAUAAAAAGGAGAUUAAAAUUAUUACAUUCAAGUCUAUAUAUGAUCGAUUUUAUAACAUUUUAACCACGUUAAUGUCUUACGCGGAAGAUAUGCCCAUGCCAAACAAUUUAUAUCAGUACGUCUUAAACAAUGGAGUUUAUGUGAGGUCAAAAAAAAAUACCGACUUUAAUAGUAGGGAGAAUAUUCACAACGUGUAUUCCUACUUGGACAAUGUGGAUGUAGGGGAAAACGAUUUAUCCUUUAAUGACGAAAGAAUUUAUAUCGACAAUAUUGACAUUAGUAGACCUACUAUAUUGAACAAGACGCUUAUAAAUGAGGACAUCGAUAUUGAGUACUUGCCGCUCAAACUGAACUCCUCUUAUAAUUACACUAAUAUACAGUACGCGAAGCUUUUUUUAAAUGAUGCCAUCAACAUGUCUCUCUACGACCGGGCGUUGGGUGAACUCGUCGUGGUUAAGGCCCUCGUGGACAUCCCCCCCUUGCCCACGGCCUUUGUGGAGGGAUUUGACAUAAAAGAAAUGAAAGCCGGCGAAAGGCAAUGGAUGCCAAUUUACCUUGCCAUCACCCUUUCGUCUUUCACUUACGUCGAAGUAGAGUUUCCCUUCUGGUUCUACAUAAAGAAUUUCAUAAACAUAAAGGAAGAGGAGUACAAAAACCAGAAUGAGCUCUUUGAGCUCCCCUCUCCCUACUUCUUCGAGAUUUGUUUCAUGUUCAUUGACCAGAAAGUAUUUUCAAAGGUCACUCCGAUAGAAACGGUAGGCCAGAAGAGCUACUUCAAGUACAUGUCUAAGGUAGCAGGAUACGUCGAAGACAUCAAGCACUGCAGGACGGAGAAAAUCAUCAGGCACAUAGAGCAGCUAAAUGUGCACACGUCCCACAUUUACAUCCCAAAUCUGCAACACUCCGAAACGCACCUAAUCAACUUAACCCUAUACAGCUUUUGGAAGUACGACAAGGGCUUAAACGAAAAGGCUAACUCGAUAGACUUUACCUCCUACCUGCUGGAGCCUUUCAUAAAAGACGAACAGGACGAACAGGACGAACAGGACGAACAGGACGAACAGGACGAACAGGACGAACAGGACGAACAGGACGAACAGGACGAACAGGACGCGAACCUCCUGCAGGACCUUUAG